AAAAUUGCUGUCAAAAUCCACAAUGACGCCAGUUUAAAAAAAUAUAUAUGACAAAAUGACACAUAGUUAUAAAGUUUUAUAAAAAUAAUGGAAAAAAACUCGACCGUGGUUAAAUCUAAGUCAUCGAACAGCGCCAUCAUAACCAAAGUAGACAAAAAGAACACGAAAUGCCUCAGCAAUUAUGACAUCAUCACGAACUCGACGAAGAGACGCGGUGUUUACGUCGAGAAAUCACCGAACCGUGAAGAUGUUCAAAAACCACCGAAGAGAUCGAGACCUGGCAAAAAGAAAUUCUUAGCAUCAGUUCUAACUAUACUAUCAAAAUCAACAGCCGCUACUCAAUACCCAGAAAAAGACAACUCGGACAGAAUAAAAGAGAGACUUAAACCGCGGUCGACACAAAAAUCAGAUUCUAAUAAACAUAAGAAGAAAUAUAAAUCGAGGGUUCUAAACACUUACAAGGAUGACAGUAUAAUAGUGUUGAAAUCAAAGAAAGACAUCCAACAAACACCUUCAACCUCCAGCAGAAAUGAUAACUAUAAAGUGUCUUAUACACCACAAAACAAGAAAUCCAACCAGAGAUCUAUCAGAUACGUUCUGGACAACAAUAUAUACAGCGGAGUUGCGGAGGGACCAGCAAAGGACGUCCUUAAAAUAGAUUCAAGAAAGCAAAUGAGCGUUUACGAGCCAAAGGAAACGAACGUUGAGAAACAGGUCGAUAAGAAGAUCUAUAAUUUCUUUGUCGAGCUUUUAGAAACGACCUUUGAUAUGUACAAUGAUAAAGAGUUGAACGACAACGUCAAAGAGUCCAAAACGGGCCUAGAACUGAACGAGUCUGUGUUACAGAAGUUGAUUAUACACGGUCAGUCGCAGGUGGACAACAAAAAAAGCUAUAAUGACAUCGAUAGUGAAAAAUAUAAAUUUCUUAGCAGUUUUUAUGAAAGGACGUUGAAUAAUAACUUACCGGAAACGCCAAAAGCUAGACCAAAAACUAAGUAUUUGAUCAAUACGAAAAAAGAUAAAACGGAGAAAUUAAACAGUUUCUAUGUGCCCAAAAAAAGUAGAAAAUCCAAGAGGGCGUUAUUGGACAUACUGAAAGAGGAAUUAACAAAAGAUGCUUGUAAGCCGACUUACGAAGAACCGGGCAAUUUAUACCAAGCAUUGAAAGUGAUGGUUAGGAACAAAAAGAAGAGCCGAAUUUCCACGCGUUACAGACACAUGGAGGGUUUCAGUGACAAGGACUGCAUGUUGAGGAGGAAAGUUUUGUUUAAAUCGAACAAGAGGUGCCGUAAAUCUGAUCAAAAAGACAAAAUCGUUUCUAGGUCCUUCCAAAUCGAUACCAAUCGGUUCCCAUCGCGACAUUCGUUAGAAGUUUAUGGCUACGAUUACGAGAAACCGGUCAAAGUUCAGAGAGCCGUAGAGACAAAACACACGGGUGUGCCUCUAGCCCCGUCCUCUUCUAACGUGGACUCCGAUGACUAUAGCAGCUCAUUCCACUUCCCUAUUUCACCAACUACCCACUACACGACGUACAAUGACUGAAAAUUAAGAGUGACCUUUACACUAUAAUAUUUAAUUUAUUUCCCAAAACUAACAAUAUUCUAAAAGAAUGGACAACAUAAUUUGCGUAAUGAAUAGCAUUUUUUUGUGUUACCGAAAUCACGAUCAUAUUAAAAGUAAACUAAUUUACAAAUGGGACACUUUAAAACUGUCCGUGUUCAUCUGUAUCAACCAAGAUACUGACAGUUAAAUCGUGUAAUGGAAACAUAUCAGACGAUAGCAUUAUAUAUGAAGAAAGUAUAUAAAAUUCUUGAAUAGUCCAUGUUUAAGUUGAGAAACCCCUACUAAGGACACGGAUUAAAUAAUAUUGAUUUAAAAAAUUGUAUGAAAGACAAUUGUGACAUUAUUAUUCGAGUACAGAAAUGAAAAAUAGUUAGUCUAACCUAAAAUCCUUGUUUAUUGUGAGUUAACGUCGUUACUACAUAAAUAGCGUUUCCUGUUUAAAUCAAUGACAUACGUCAAUGCUAUGUGAUGAUUAUGAAUGGUGAACUGCUAACGCUCCGUAUGUAGUAACGACGCGUACUUGGAGUAAGCGUACUUUUUAUAAAAUUAUCGUUAUUCUGAUUUUAACAUUGAGUUAUAAAUGAAAUAAACAUUUCGUAUUUUUUA